GUCAGUAGUAUCGCGCCGGCUGCGCAAGAGCAGCCUGCAAGACAGAUUUUCCAAUAAUGAACAACCCGUGGUAACUGUCAGUCUGCUCGUGGUGCAUUCGUUGACUCUUUCUGUGCAUAGUGCAUCCCGGCGUGUGUUAAAAUGUGUUAUAUGAUUAAUUGAAUAUUCCAUUGAACGCGGAUUACUCGAAGAACGCCGAAAAUCCUGCCAUAAGACAGUCUACAUUUUCCAUUCACAAUCAUUGAGCAUUAUUGUCAUUGAGUGAUCUCGCAGUGAACCGUGAAAAUGGGAACAAGUAAUGACAAGAAUGAAAUUUUUAAAACUGGUGUUGAAACUAUUAAGUUAAAAAUUAAGACGACGUCAUUUAUAACCACGUGUGUUAAAAUAUCUUUGGAUGAUAGGAUAGAAUGUUCAUUCAAGAGGCUUUAUCUCUUCCGGAUAUAUUGAACAGUUCGUGUAUUACGUCGUAAGAAACAGGUGCGCGAUAUUCAAUAAACACGCGAUGGAGAGAAGAAAGUGAUGAUAAAAAUCGAAACGGAAGCCGCCACCGCCGCCGUACCAGCCCGGGUUCACGAGAUGGAGACUUUCCUCGGGGCACGCAGAAUCAGUAUAGAAGGCGCGUAGAAUCAGGAUCGAAAGGGGAGCAUCGAGCACGGGAUCCAAGAUGGGCAAGUGUUGCAGCAAGCGGCAAGAGCCUCAACCCCUCGGUUAUAAGAAAGCAGAUACAGGGCUAAGCUCGAAACACAGCAAUGGAGGUUCCUUGGAUCGGUACACUGCUGACCCAAAUCAAAGGGGUGUACAGGCUAGGGCAGACAUCAUUCGACCGAGGCCGACACCUUGUAAGCUACAAAUUCCUCACCAGUCACGUAAAACAAGCUCGCCUGUCGUUAAGCCUGCAUCGCAUUCACAAAGGUCGAACAAGAUCGUGGUGGCUCUGUACAAUUACACUGCGCGCGAGAGUACCGAUGUCAGUUUCGUAAAGGGUGACCGAAUGGAAGUAUUGGACGACUCAGAGCCCGACUGGUGGAAAGUUUUACACUUGACAACUUUGCAAGAAGGUCUCAUCCCGUGGAACUUUGUGGCCGUGGAGCGUUCGGUCGAGAGCGAAGAUUGGUUUUUCGAAAACGUCUCGCGCAAAGAAGCCGGUAAGCUUCUUCUGGUGGAUGAAAAUCCUCGGGGAACAUUCUUGGUCCGACCCAGCGAGCACAAUCCAAGGGGAUACAGUUUAUCCGUGAAAGAUUGGGAGGAGGGAAGAGGUCAUCAUGUAAAACACUAUAAAAUUAAGCCACUGGACAAUGGUGGCUUCUUUAUCGCCACCAACCAGACGUUCCCAACCCUUCCUGCUCUUGUUAUGGCGUACAGCAAGAACGCGUUGGGUCUGUGUCACGUGCUCUCGAAACCGUGCCCGAAACCGCAGCCGGAUAUGUGGGAUCUCGGACCCGAGCUACGGGACAAAUGGGAGAUCAAUAGGAACGAGAUACAGCUAAUACGGAAAUUGGGGCAUGGGAAUUUCGGCGAGGUGUAUUACGGGAAGUGGAGGAACAAGAUCGAAGUGGCUGUGAAGACGUUGAGACCGGGGACCAUGUCGACGGAGGCAUUCCUACAGGAGGCGGCGAUUAUGAAACAGUUCCGGCACAGACACCUGGUCGCGUUGUACGCGAUCUGCUCGAAGGAGGAGCCGAUUUACAUCGUGCAGGAGUACAUGUGCAACGGUAGCUUGUUGGACUUUCUGAGGACGGGUGACGGCAAGUACAUGCAGUUCGAGGAUCUGAUUUAUAUCGCCGCCCAAGUGGCGUCCGGUAUGGAGCACCUCGAGAGCAAACAGUUGAUACACAGAGAUCUGGCGGCGAGGAACGUGCUGAUAGGCGAGAAGAACAAGGCGAAGAUAUGCGACUUCGGGCUUGCAAGGGCGAUCGAGGACGACGAGUAUUGUCCCAAACAGGGAAGCAGAUUCCCCGUUAGGUGGACAGCGCCGGAAGCCAUUGUCUACGGCAGAUUCAGCAUUAAGAGCGACGUUUGGUCUUACGGUGUCUUGCUAAUGGAGCUAUUCACUUACGGCCAAGUUCCUUAUCCUGGUAUGCAGGGUCGCGAAGUAAUUGAGCAGAUCAAUAAAGGCUACCGAAUGCCUAAACCAUUGAAUCACCCGCUGCCGGACAGCAUUUACCGAUUAAUGUUGCAAUGCUGGGAUGCUAGCCCCGAGAAGCGACCCACUUUCGAGUUCCUUAAUCACUAUUUCGAGUCAUUCAACGUAACUAGCGAAAUACCGUAUCUGGAACCACCAACGGACUGAUACACAGCUCACAUGCAGAGUCACCUGGUACCGCACGGUCAUUUUCAUCCAGCGCACAUCAAUUGUGCCAUGGAGUUUUAUGGUAUUUAUUGCUAAAUCUCUAGCAAUCAUUCGGAGAUUCUGUUGUUACCGUGUUCUUUUUUAUAUCGAAUAAUUCGCGGGUUUUCUGCGUGAACGAUGAAUUUCAAAAAAAAAAGAAGGAAGAAAGAAGGAAGAAAAAAAAAAGAAAAGACCAAGAAACAAGAAAGAAAUGGUACAGAAAUUUUAUAAAUUAAUAUAUCGGUGGCGAAGAAUUUUUGUAAACGUUACCAGAAUUUCUCGAAGCAAUCAUUGUUAAAGGCUGCCAAAAAUAAAAUGAAAAAAAAAAAAAGAAAAAGAAAAUAAUUCUACGAUGAUCGAAAUUUUGAAAAAAUUAUUGAGCGUCAUCGAAAUAACAUCUCAAGAACAAUGAUCUUGUGUGCCAUUGAACUUUAUGAGAAAAAAAAAAUAAAAAAAUAAAAAAAAUCUUAUUCAAUACUGUGAAAAGGUAUUUUCAAGAUCUUGUGAACUUUUGUGACCAAUCAUGGAUAACUGCCGAUUAAUAAUAACGAGUAAAAACGUUGCGACUGAAAAUAAAAAAUUCUCUAGAAUGUCUCUACCCGCUAUGUAUCCAAUAUAUUAUAUUAUAGAAUUUAAAAAUGGAAUCAUUCUCAACGUUCGAGCUAUUUAUUAAGCAUUUUCACAAUUUGGAGAAUAUAUUAAAAAUAUUUGACGAUGAUAUCUUACUAAAAAAAAAAAUAAAAAAAAAAAAUAAAAAAAAAAUAUAAAAAAAUAUAAAAAAAAAAUGUUUAGAGGGUAGAAACGGAACCAGUUGAGAAUUUAAAAGUAGAAUUUUAAAUAGUAGACGAUAUAACCGAUUAUAUUAAUCCGUCAAUGUAUGAUUACAACGCCGAUAAAUGGAAGAAUUCGCGACAUUUAUAACGUAUAUAUCUAAGCGAUUGCUUCUUUAUUGAUCUCUGAAUCAAUCGCGACUGAUUUUUCCUAAGAUCCAAAUAAUUUUUUUUUUUUUUUUUGAACUCGAUCCUUGAAAAUUUCAAUACAAAUUACACAAUUUUGUGCAUCGUAUCGAUUAUUGAAUGCACAGAGUCUCUGUAUCGAAAUACAAUCACAUUCUAUUAAUGUGUACCUAGUUGUAUGCAAGUUUUGAUUUCGAACGAUACGUCGAGUAGGACAAUAUUUUAUACGAGAAAUUAAUACGUUUUAUAUACGUAAAUGAAGAAAAUUUUUUCGAUGUAUUUUUGUUCUGUGAACAGUAAUACCAGUCCCAAAUAUAUACGAUUCGAAAGCACACGUUCGUUUCUCCGAUAUAUACAAAUUUAUAUAUAUUUUUUUUUUCUUUUUUUUACUGUGAUCAUAAUCUAUUUAAAAAAAAAAAAAAACAGAACUACUUGUUCUAUAAAAAAUCAAUAAUAUCUUAUAAUAUUAAAUUAAAAUUUUUUUUAUAUAUAUAUAUAUAUAUAUAUAUAUAUAUAUUCAAUAUGAGAAUAAGAAAUUAUUGAUAAUAAAAAUAAACGUGCGUUAUAUGACUGCAUGUCGCCACGAGGGGUGACAUUUUUUUUGAAAAUAUUCGAAAAAAAUUUCGAAUUAUGUAAAUCUAUUAAGAAAAGGAAAAAAAAGAUAAAACAAAAUAAAAAAAUAAAAAAUUAGAGAUACUUGAAGGUAAAAAUUAAGUCAUCGAUGUUGCUCGUACAAAGUGUUUGAAAAAAAAAAAAUUGUAAAUUUUCUACUAAAUAUACAAAUGACAGGUUAGGGUAGAAUUUAGGCGAUAGAAUCGUGAGGUAGAUUAUAUAAAUCUCCUCGAGAUGUGAAACGUCGAAAUAUCCUUUUUUUUUUUUUUUUUUUCAUAAUUCCGUUGUACAAGAUCUUUCUCGGAUAAAAAAAGGUUUCGAUCUCGAGGAAAGUUUCGAUAUAUCGUUGUCUCGUCAUGAUCGUUCUUCUCGCGGAACGUAUUGUUAGACAUAAGUCCCUAGGCGUACAUUGAAUUAUUUCACGAUAAACAAGAUGAGCCAUUAUGACACUUUAUAGAUAUUAAAAACAUUUAAACAAAUAAGAACAAAAAAAAAAAAGAUGGAAGCGAAUGAGUGGAUAAAAAUAUCGGGGAAAAAAUGAUAGAGUAUAUGAAUAUAUGAAAGUACGAAUGAUGAUAGGAUUACAUGUGUGUGAGUGUAGUGAAUUGUUACACACCCGUGAAUGUGUGGUAUUUUUUUCACGCGCAUCUUGCCGUGACAUUAAGAAACGAGCAAUAAAAUGUCGUGCUUCUUGUACGGCCCGUAACUAUUGCUCAAUAGAAAAAAAAAAAAAAAAAAAAUUAUCGUUUUCGCAAAUGAAACAUUUUCCGUGAAAAGAAAAAUAACAAAUGUCUGACAAAUCAGUGUUUGUUUGUUGGUUGUCUAGUGACAAACUUCAUGUUUAACACGGACACCGAAUACAUUCGAAUACUUUUGUAGCUUAUGUUUAUUGGGAUUCGUCGCGAACUCGACAUUAUAUUGCCACAUAUUAUAUAGUAUACCAAUAAAUAUAAUGUUUUUUACUAUAAUUAGCGAGGCAAACACCACAUACCUUCGUUGUGUGAGUUGACUAAUUUAUUCUAUAUAGUAUGAUGCGAUGAAUGCACGUGAAAAAGCAUCAUGUUUAUGUAGAGUUAGAAAGGUAGUUGUAUUACGUCCAGUAAACUUUUUCUAUGAGCGUUUUAUACCGAUCAAAAUGUUGUUGUGUUUCUCAUGAAGAAUGGUCAUUUAAGAUUUUUCGCUGAAGAUCAUGUUGUCGCCAUAAAUGAUGUAGAAUACGUAUGAAAUACAAAUCAUGCACGAAUUCAA